GUAUUUCUCCCUUACCAAACUCUACACCGUUCAGAUAAUAAUCUGCCUUCCUGUUCUUACUCCCAAAGUGGAUAACCUCACACUUAUUCACAUUAAACGUCAUCUGCCAAGUAUCUGCCCACUCACCCAGCCUAUCCAAGUCACCCUGAAUUCUCCUAACAUCCUCAUCACAUGUCACACUGCCACCCAGCUUAGUAUCAUCAGCAAAUUUGCUGAUGUUAUUCUCAAUGCCUUCAUCUAAAUCAUUGACGUAAAUUGUAAACAGCUAUGGUCCCAAUACCGAGCCCUGUGGCACCCCACUAGUCACCACCUGCCACUCCGAGAAACACCCAUUCACCGCUACCCUUUGCUUUCUAUCUGCCAACCAGUUUUCUAUCCAUGUCAAUGUCUUCCCCCCGAAUGCCCUGAGCUUUGAUUUUACCCACCAAUCUCCUAUGUGGGAUCUUAUCAAAUGCCUUCUGAAAAUCAAGGUACACUACAUCCACUGGAUCUCCCCUGUCUGACUUCCUGGUUACAUCCUCGAAAAACUCCAACAGAUUAGUCAAGCAUGAUUUACCUUGGUAAAUCCAUGCUGGCUCAGCCCAAUCCUAUCACUGCUAUCUAGAUAUGCCAAUAUUUCAUCUUUAAUAAUGGACUCUAGCAUCUUCCCCACUACUGAUGUCAGGCUGACAGGUCGAUAGUUCUCUGUUUUCUCCCUCCCUUCUUUCUUAAAAAGUGGGAUAACAUUAGCCAUUGUCCAAUCCUCAGGAACUGAUCCUGAAUCUAAGGAACAUUGGAAAAUGAUUACUAAUGCAUCAGCAGUUUCCAGAGCCACCUCCUUUAGUACCCUAGGAUGCAGACCAUCUGGACCUGGGGAUACACCCCUUACAGAUAGCGUCGGGAACUGUGUCACGGUCUUACAGACGCCUUCUGUAAACCACUCAUUAACCGCUAGACUACCAUGUCAUUCCCAUUCAGAAACAGGCUGUUCGGCCCGCCGAGUCCAUGCGACCACCAGCCACCCAAUUACACUAACCCCACAUUAAUCUCACGUUUUAUUGGCCCCAUACUUGCAUUCACUAACACACUGGGAGUAAGUUUCCUUGCCCAUUAUCUUGUGGGCCCGCACGUCUUUGGAAUGAUGAAGGAAACCAGAGCACGCGAAUCCCACACAGGAUUGAGUCCCGCUCUCGGGCGCAGAGGUAGCGGCGCCAUCUCGUUGCCCCUGAGGGCAAUGCUGAUUACAAGCUGGCAUUGGAAGGGAAAGGGAGAAGGAGGCCGGAGAUCCGUCUGUAUUCCAGCCACACGCCGCAUUCUCCGGCAGGCUGCACCACUGCGCGCUUGUGUAACGAUUCAUGGGCAAAGGCCGCCGCAUUCACCGGAGCGAGAACGUGCUCAGCCGCGGCUUCGAGUGGAACGGCGGGCUCCUGCAGUUCUCCUGAACCUGACAAUUAGGCUCCGAACCCAGUCCCACUGAUACAAUCCAGAUGUGGUUUCGUUGGCUCCCACGGCUUCCUGGCUCGCUGCCCCUGCACUGAAACGCCUCCCUUUGGCAGCCAGCAGCUCCGCGCCCUGCAACCUCCAGACAGUUUGUUCUGUUACCUGGCGUUCCGCGGCUCGCCAACGUCAUGCCCGACUCAGAUGUGAAGGAAUAAAAAAAACAUACCCAGAGUCAGUCUGUGAACUGCAGCCUGCAGAACGUCAAUCAAAAUCAGACUCUGAAUUCCAACACUGUAUCAUCGCCAGCCUGUGAGCCCCCACCUGUAUAAACCAGCCCGUGAACCUCGACUCCGUAUAAAACCAGCGCGUGAGCGUCCGUGCCGCAUAAAAACAGCUGUUUACCCCCCCCCCCCCCCUCAGUCCUGCAUAAACUAACCGAAUUGGUAAAACCAGCCCGUGAAGUGGGCAGAAACCUACCAGCUGUGUUCGGUAAAAUCCAGUGGUGGACAAUUGGCAGUCUACCAGGUGCCUGGGACUAUGAGACUGCGACGGAAAGGGGAUCUCAUCUGCACUGCUCUCCUGCUUUCGGCCCUUUGCACUUUGCUCUACAUCCAUGUUGCUCCCGGGGCGGACAAGCACGACGCUGAAGGGAAGUAUGUGACCAGGAGGUACAUUACAAUGCAAACCCUAGAAGCAGUAACCCAAACGGCCUCCCCCAGCGCAGGGUCAACGCCAGAGAACAUCUGCCAAGAUCUGGAGAAGGGACGAAUUGGGGCGGCAACACCUCCAGCCUUAGACCUGCUCCCUUGGAGCUACCGCCAAUACCAAUGGCAGAAGGACUGCCGGGAUUUCAGUCAGAUCAUUAACCAGGAGGACAAGUGCCGGAAGGUGAACGGGGAGCCGCUGCUGCUGGUCUCUAUUAAGUCAAAGGCGGAAGAGUUCGAGCGGCGAGAAGUGGCUCGGAAGACCUGGGCCCAGGAAGGCCGAGUCCACGGGCUGCACGUCCGUAGGCUCUUCCUCCUGGCCAUCCCCGCCAACCAGAGCGCCCUGGCCUCCUGGAGCCGCCUGCUGGAACUCGAGAGCCAGGUCUACCGCGACAUCCUGCUGUGGGACUUCCAGGAUACCUUCUUCAACCUGACGCUAAAGGAGAUUCACUUCCUCAAGUGGCUCGACCGGUUCUGCCCCACCGCCGAGUUCAUCUUCAAGGGCGACGACGACGUCUUUGUUAACGUGGAGAACAUUGCAGACUUCCUGCUGGACGCCGACCCCAUGGAGGACCUUUUCGUUGGGCACAUUAUUGACCAGGCCCUGCCUAUUAGAUCCAACAAGAGUAAAUAUUUCAUCCCCGAGAUGAUGUACGGCUCCGGCGUUUACCCUGUCUACGCGGGCGGCGGCGGCUUCCUCAUGAGCGGACACACGGCCAGGAGGCUGUAUGGUGCCAGUAAGGAGGUCGAUCUCUUCCCCAUCGACGACGUCUUCCUCGGCAUGUGUCUGCUCCGGAUCGGCCUCAAGCCCCAAAUACACAAAGGGUUCCGAACCUUCGGCAUCGUGCGGCCGUCCGCCGCCCCUCACCUCCAGACCUUCGACCCUUGCUUCUACCGGGAGCUGAUGGUGGUGCACAGCCUGAAGGUGCCCGAGAUCUGGCUGAUGUGGAGCUUGCUCCACGACCCCCACCUCAACUGCGCCCGCAAAGAGUCAGCCAGGCGCGCGUUCCGGUGGAAGUCCAAGCGAAAGGCGAGCCCCGGCGCGGCAAGCAAAACCAAGCACUGACGGUGGGGAUGGAGGAGACCCUCCCACCUCAGCGGUACGGUCCCUCAAGAAUUUUUCCAGAGCACCCAUACUUGGAAUAUUUGUAACUGUUUUGUACGAUUUACGCUCACCAGUACUGGUGGUACACUGGCGUGAGCGCAGUGAAAAUUCCACUGUGAAUAUGUUCUUGAUAAUGUUAAUUUUGGUUUUAAAAAAAAAAGCUGUAAUUUCUACGCCGAACUCUUAAAGGGUCUUUAAUUCGAGUGGACACGAAAACCAAAUCUACGAACUUGUUUUUUAAAUUAAAUGGCUGACAGUGUUUACACUAUCAUAAGUGAUCUCUAUCUCAGUAAGACUUACAAAAUCCAUGGAAGAUUCAAAACAAUCCCUGAACUGACAGAACCAGCAUGGCACACUCACAAUCAGAAUCAGGUUCACUGGCCUGUAUGUCCUGAAAUUUGUGUUGCGGCAAUACAAACCAUAAAUUACAAUAAGAAACUAAAUUAAACAAGUGGUGCAAAUCAGAAACGAAAGUUAGGAGGUCACAUUCACUGAGAGUGUGUUUCUGGUCUUCUGCAGCUGUGGCCCAUCCACUCAAGGUUCCAUGCGUUCUACAUUCAGAGAUGCUCUUCUGCACACACUUGUUGUGGUGUGGUAUUUACUGUCACCUUCCUGUUAGCGUGAAACCAGUCUGGCUGUUCUCCUCUGACUUCUUUCAUUAGCAAGGCAUUUUUACCCACAGAACUGCCUCUCACUGGAUUUUUUGGUUUGUUUUUCACACCAUUCUCUGCAAAGACUGUUGUGCAUGAAAAUCCCCAGAGAACAGUAGUUUCUGAGAUACUCAAACCACCCCGCCUGGCACCAACAAUAAUUCUUAUAGUCAAAUUCACUUAGAUCGCAUUUCUUCCCCAUGUUUGGUCUGAUAAACAACUGAACUUCUUGACAAUGUCUCCAUGUAUUGAGGUGCUGCCACACGAAUGGUUGAUUAGAUAUUUGUAUUAAUGAGCAGGUGUACCUAAUGAAGUGGCCAUGGAGUGAGAGUGAGUGUGUGUGUCCAUGUAUACGCAUGUGCUAAGUCAAUGUAGCAGAACCUGCUCUCCAGUUCUCCUGGACCUCUCUGUCCACUGUUAAGAGAAUUCACUUCAGAUGGGAGGAGAAAUGGCAGUUGGGAGUUUAAUCCAGACAAAUGUGAAGUGUUGCACUUUGGGAGAUCAAAAAUAAAAGGAAAGUACACUGCUAAUGGCAAAACCCGUAAAGGUGUUGGUGUGCAGAAGGAUCUUAGUCCAAGUCCAUAGCUCCGUGAAUGUGGUUAAGCAGGUUGAUAGGGCAGCAAAGAACACAUAUGGUGUGACUUGCACUUAUUAGUUGAGACACUGAGUUCAGGAAUCAGGGAGUCGUGUUGCAGUUUUAUAAAACUCUCAUUAGGUUGCAUUUGGAGUAUUGAUUUCACUUCUGGUUGAUUUAUUGUAGGAAGAACGUGGAAGCUUUGGGCAGAGAGCAGGAAAGGUCUGCCAUGAUGCUGCCUGGAUUUGAGGGCAUGUGCUGUAAGGAAAGAUUGGACUAAACUUACACUGUCUUCUGUGAAGCAGCAGAGGCUGAGUGGAGACCUGGUAGAAAUUUAUAAGAUGAUGAGAGCUGAUAGAUAGACAGCUGACAUUUUUGUUCCCAGAUUCAAAAUAUUUAAUAGUAGAGAACCUGUAUUUAAGGUGAGAGGGGUUAAGUUCAAAGGAGAUGAAUGGGUGAGUGUCCAGAAUGCCCUACUAGUGAUGGUAGGGGAGGCAAAUAUGACAGAGGUAUUUAAGAAUCUUUUAGAUAGAAAUAGAAAUAUGAAGACCAUAGAGGGGUAUGUGGGAUUAGUUUAGUUAGCCUUUUAAUUACUAGUUUAAUUAAUUCAGCACAUUAACAUGGACAGAAGGGCCUGUUUCUGUGCAGUACUAUGUUCUAGUUAACAGGGCACCUUAAAUAUAAUAAUGCAUUAGGAACCAGAUUUAAGUGACAACAAAAUGGCAAUAUAAUAAUUGCCUCAUCAUCAUCAUAGCCAUUGUUUCAGCACAGUGUUUGCAAAAGAGAAAAGUGAAACAACAAACAUUGAACUUUGAAAGUUUGACCAUUGUAAAACAGGGAAAUCUGUUAAUGAUCUGUGGAAAUGCAGAAUUUAAUCUAGAACCAGUAUAUACACCUGAGCAUCAAGAGCUUGGCUUUCCAAGAGGAAAGGUAUAGAUGACAAAAGAGAUGACAGACAACACAAACUAAAGGAAACUAUCCAAGUUUGUCAAAACUCUCCUUAUAGCUAAUGCACUCUAAUCCAGACAAUAUCCUGGUGAAACUUUUUUGCACCAUAUCCAAAGCCUCCACAUCCUUCCUGCAAUGUGAUUAUUAGAACUCCAAACGUGGCCUAACUGAAGUUUUGCAGCAUGACUUUUAUGCUUGGUACCUCCACUGGUCAUUUGCCUUCUUUAUCACCCUAUCUCCUUGUGUUGCCACUUUGUGUGCUUGCAAUCCUUCAGUAACAUCAAUGCUCCUAAUGAUCCUGCCAUUUACAGUGUACUUUUCCUUUAUGUUUGAUCUCUCAAAGUGCAACAACUCAUACUUGUAUGGAUUAUACUCCAUUUACAACUAUGUGUCUAACUGCUCUAUAUCCUGCUGUAUCCUUUGGCAAUCUUCUUCACUAUCCACAACUCCACACCAUUUUGUGUCUUCUGACAAUGUAUAUUUGUCUCUAUGCAACAGAAAUAACAGAGAUUUCAGCACUGAACUCUGCAUAACAUCACAGGUCACAGACCUCCAGUCCGGUGGUGUUAGUUGAACAAUUUAUAGCACCCUUCAGACACAACUUGAGAAUUGUGUACAGUUCUGAGCACUGCAUAGCACCAUAGUUGUGUUUCACUGGAGGGGGAGGGGGUAGAGGAGAUGUACAAUUACAUUGUCAGGACUGUAAAACUGUCGCUAUAAGGUAAGAUUGGACAGGUUCUUUUUUUCUAAAUACAGGUAGAUGCAGGUCACUUAUAUGAAGUGUUAUUAACAUUGCCAAAUCUCUUGCUGUUGAUAUUCAUGGGACGUGACUUAACUGGACCGGUGUAAGUAAGAAAAAAGCAGGUCAGAAGCCACAUCUUCUCGAGCAAAUGAGCCCUCUGCUGAUUGUCAAAGAUUUUCCAUAGUUUACAAGACACAGGUUUGAAGCAUGAUGGAAUCAUCCCUAGUUUAUCAAUGAGUGCAGUUCCACCAAUAUAAAAGAAGCCACCCAACAUGUUGCACCAUAUCCACUCCAAUGAGCCUCAUCACAACCCACAAAAAGCCACUACUGUGUGCAAAAUGUUUCACAUCCACCUACCAGCUUUGCUUCAAUAGGAUGUCCUAAACCCAUGACCUGGAAGUUCAAGGACGGUGGUCACAUUGCAAUGCCUCCCUCUUCAACCUUUGGUCAACAUUCUGGGGUUUACAACCUUACAGCACCAUAAGAGUUAACUUCACCAGAAGAAUUCCAAUGCAAAAAGAAAGCAAAUCACUGCCACCUUCUCAAGGGUAGUUACAAAUGGCACUGCUUGGAAGAUGGAAUAUGUAUGAAUCUAAAACUGAAGUGUUAAAAAUUACAUAACUGCUGUACAAAGCAGUGGCUGCACCAUGGGAUGAAAGGAAGGACCUCUGAUCUUGGAAGCGAAUACAGCAAAGAUCUAGAGAAAUAUUUAAAAUUAGGGUCUCUAUGCAAAUCCAAACUUUUGUAAUACAGAAUGUAAUUUUCCUCUUCAUGAAUCGAUAAAAUACCAGAGCAGCUUAUUUUGCCCAACAUCACACUGCUUCUCCCAAGUUCCAAUUAAACGUACCAUUUGCAAUUGUUAUCUUUGGGGUUUUUUUUGAAUGCAUAAUUACUCAAGUAAACAGUUUUAAUUAGCUUGUUCUGUUUUGCAUUUGCCUCACUUUGGGAGCAACAUUUUGAAGCAGCUUUUUAUAAUUACCACAGAUCACUGCAUUUACCAUAAAAACAUCGACUAUUCUAAAAAAAAGGAAAUUAAACUGUGAUGGCAAUGCUCAAAGAAUCUCUUAAGUAAAUAUUUCUAAACCUAGUGUUCUGUCCAAAUUGAUGUGCCAACAAUGUGGAAAAUGGCAUUCUAGCAAUCAGUGAUUUUGAUAUUAGAAUGAAGGCAAUAGUCGUGCAAUGUCAGUGCCUCAAAUGGCUUUGAGGUGUAAAAGCAUUACCUACAAAAUUCAUUAUGUAAUUUGCAUUAAACUAAAAUUUAGUAUUACCUUUUGAUAAAUUUUCUGUAUCUUUUUUUAUCAUACAAACCCUUACAUAUACAAAUACCCUUAGAUUUUGCAAAUCUAUAUGCACGUUUUCCUUUCAGAGUUAAGACUGUCACUUUAAUCUUAUCAAUACAUUUAUUCCCAUCCAUUUAACCAUCUACAGUACAAUUCUUAAACUGCAUGAGCUAAUUGUUUGGAAAUCUCAAUGGUUUGGCAUCUGGUUUAUUGACGUGUAAAAUGGGGUCCAGAGUACAAGCAGGAUAUGGGCUAGGGAGAGGGUCUGGACCAGGUGUUUUGACAGUCUGAAGGUUACCAGCUUCUAUUUCCCAUUGCCUUGAAAUUUGCACUAAAAAAAGUUAUUAUUCUACUGUGUAAUGCGUUAAAAAGGUUAAAUAUAACUAUCUGGAUAGGAGUAUUGGGUUAUUAAUAGGAGUAACAUUGGAUAGUGUGGAAAAUCUGCUGGUCCCAAGGAUGACACGUUAUCAAUUUUACUGUAGUUAAAAUUUCUAUCCUGUUCUGGAAUAUAGUCAGUAUAAAAAUAGAGGCACUUUAAGUUGUUGUAGACAUUCACAUUUUUGUAGA